AUGAACGCCACCUCCCAAUCAGAUAGCCACGUGAUUGAGAACCUCAUUCACUCCCACUCGUCCUUUGUCCUCCCAGCUCGGCCAGCUUCUCCAACACGUGCCUCCAUCACCGUCUCUUCCUCCGCCGUCUCCGCCCUCCUUCAUCCCCUCCAAUCUCCUGCACCCCCUAGCUCCCAAACCCACGUCGCCAACUUUUCAUCUCUGUCCCGAAUAAACCCUUCUAACCUCUCGUCCUCCAAAUCAACGCUAACCGUCUUUCUCCACACCCGCGUCUUGGGACUCAUCUCCCACACGUCCCACGAGAAACUCCUCCCGAGCUUUUUCACCACAAGCGUCAAGUUCUUCCCUCCCGACACUAAAAACUCGCUCUCCCCCCAACGACCUAAAGGCACGGGAAGCCUCGACUCAGUCAUAACCUCGGUUUCCGCAUCAAGUGUCAAAAUAGUAGACCCACCACUACACGGGACCCAGUGCACAAAACCAUCAGUCGUCAACGGGUUACUAAUCGACAACAGAGCCUUCGUCUCACGAGAAAGAUGGUCCACGAGCCUCCACGAGGUGUCGGACCCGACAGUCAACACGACAUACUCAUAG